CACUCAAAUCCACGAAAGAAAAACUUUUAACUAGUUAUUAUAAGGAAGAUUUUUGGGGAUCAACAACAAAUACGGCCUUAUAAGAAACUAUAAGAUGUCAAGUGUUUCCGCAGAGGAGAUUUCAGACGAAUUCGAUGUAUUUGGAGCGGAGGUUAAUGAUGAACAACUAUUAAAAUGUGAGUGGUCUUGUACUUUGUUGUGAUGUGUCCAAUGUCCAGGACCAAUGUGUGUAGUCUGUACUACUUUGACUUGAUCAUUGAUAGCAGAGAACUGUGAUGGCGCUUGACAGCGUGAAACGCCUAUUUAUAUGCCUUCAACUACUAUCCCUAAAAAAACUAAAACCUAUACUAACUCCUUGUCACUUCGGUAAAGCAAGGGAGUAUACUUCCAUUUUUUUGAAAUGGGCCUUGGGCCCAGAAGAAUACACAUUUUUAAUUUUUGGACAUUGGUGCUUUUCCAUUAAUAAAAGUAGGUACUUUGAUUACAAAAUUAAAACUUUUUGUAAAAAUAAACCAAUGGCAUAGUUGAAUAAAGCUAGUUUUUUAAAGAAUUAUAACACCAAAAUCAAAAUUUUAGCUGUUGUAGUUAUGAAUUUUUAAAGUACGACUUAAUUUGUCCUUUUUUAAUAUUAACAUGGACGGCAUCUCCAUUUUCUGGAACCCAAUUCCGCUGUUCGCGUCACGCGUUAUAUAAGUCUUGUUUUAAUGAUCAUUUUAUUUUCAGAACUAAUGCUGUAUUAAAAAAAUAAGUUAAAUAAUGUUAAAAAUUUAUAGAUAAAUUGUAGCUUAUCUAACUAUGCACUAUUUGUAUCAGUAAAUUUAAUAUAAUGUAUUAAAUAUGGCUUUUCUGUUUACCAAAUCUUCAGCGUCCAUUAUACCGGUAAUUGCUAUAUAGUCUAUAUAAGGCAACGCACCCCCUAAAAUGUUGUUUGGUAUCUACUAAUUUUGAACUUUCAACUUUGGCACAUGACUAAUUAACUAAAGCUUUCCCUGACCAAUGUUGUUAAUAGUAAUAGUUUUUGCACAUGGCUAACUCUUAUGAAUGAAACUUGAGGUAGUCGGUAGUACUACGGCAUAGCAUUAUGCAAAUGGCUGUGGUUUCCCAUGACUUUUUGCACACUGUCAAUUCUGAUCGCUAACAAUAUGAACUCUACCGGAUUUUUAAAGCUCAAAUUUAAAAAUUCUAGUUUAAAUGUUUUCAAAAUGCAUUCUGAAACACAAGUUAUCAAAUAUUUUGAUGUAUAUAGAGAUAAUAAUGAAUAUUUCCUAAGCUAAGUAUCUGCGUUUUCCGCCAUUUAAAAGGGGGUGGGAUCACUAAUCCAAAAUGGCCUGUGCGACCUUUGCAUAAUGAGAUCAACGUUGAGGAGAAUUGUUAAAAUGUUUCAUGAGUUAUCUCAAUGAAAUUUUGCACACGUGUACUUCAACAAAUUAUGCAGGCCUACUUUUAAUAUGAAAAACCUACUUUGAAUAUUUAGACAGAAUUUUUUAAUGCGAAGAUGCCUUAUAUUGACACACAAUUUUCCUCACUUAAAGUUGAGAUAAAGAACAAAUUAACUCAAUGGGAAUGUAGUUCAACAUUUCUCCUAACGUUAAUGGGCAGAGUCAAACCUUAAUUAUGGGCCAAAAUGACUCCUAGUUUAUUCAAAUUACAUGCACAUGAAAAAAUUAAAAACUCGGAUCCUACUGCGCCGAUGGCCAUUUCCGAUACAAAUUUACUAGGAGUGUCCCUUGCUUCGGUGAAGUAUCUAAUAAAAGGAGUAUAAAAGGAUUAUUUUUUCAUAAAAUUCUGGUAUCCUUCCACAUGUUCACAAUGAAGGAUAUCGUGACCUACAUUUCAAUGUACUGAGUACUGUUUUGCCUUUUAGUUUUAGAAAUUCAAAGGUGUAUGUAAGGCAUCUUUCCCUCAAAAUUUUUUGAAGAAAUUAGAAGAUCCUUUGAUAUUUAAUUCUGAUGAAAAUUAUAUAUUGAUAUAAUUGUAUGCCAAUUCUCAUUGAAUUAGGCCAUGUCUGAUGUUCGUUAUGCUUGUCCCAGUAACCUGCAUUACCAUAAGGUCAGCCUAAUUUUGACCAUGGCGAUGGCGGAAGAUGCAGAUUAGGGGUGUGCCGGAUCCGUUUUUUCCAACCGGAUCCGGAUUUUCUUAUGCGAAAUCCGCCGGAUCCGGAUUCCGGUUUCUCCCGGAUUCCGGAUUUUGGUACUAUUGGUAGAUACUUCGGUAAGUCAAGGUGGACUACUACUUUUUGUGUAUGGGAAUUCGCAAUCGGCGCCAAAAAAUCCGAGUUUUUAAUUUUCCGAUGUGUGUGUCUAUUUAUUAUUAAAUUAGUACUUUCGAUAUAUAUUUGAGUUCCGUUCCAUUUGGAUAAGUGUCUUACGAGAGACGCCAUGUUUCUACGCGUUCGCAGCAGGUUAUGCAGCUCGCUCAACCUAAUUUCGCCAUGGGGUUGGCCACGCCCCCCUUUUUAAUGGCGGAAGUUGACGAUACUUAGGAAAUAUUAAUUUAUUAUCACUAUUUACAUCAAAAUAAUUGAUAACUUGUGUUUCAGAAUGCAUUUAAAGACAUUUAAACUGGAAUGUUUUAAUUUGAGCUUUAACAACCCGGUAGAAUCCAUAUUAUAAAUGAUCAGAAUUUACCGUGUGCAACACGUUGUCAUUGGCAACCAUUCACAGCCACUUGCAUAACUGUAUCGUAGUACUACCUCAGAGUUUCAUUCAUAAGAGUUUGCCGUGUGCAAAAACUAUUAAACCAUUGGUCAGGGAAAGCUUUAAUUAAUUAUUCAUGUGCCAAAGUUGAAAGUUUAAACUAAGUCUAAACAGUAUUUUAGUGAUAAGGCAGGGAAUGCGUUGCCUUAUAUAAACUAUAUAGUCAUUGCGCAUGACGGGAUUGGUGGAAUGAGAUCACAGAAUGUGGAGAUGCAGUCCAUGUUAAAAAAUGACAAACCAAGUCGUACUUUAAAAAUUCAUAACUUUAAAACUACAACAGCUAAAAAUAUGAUUUUGGUGUUAUAAUUCUUUAAAAAAUUACAUCUUUUCAACUAUGCCAUUGGUUUAUUUUUACAAAAAGUUUAAAUUUUCUUAUCAAAGUCCCUACACUAUUGGCCACUAUUAGCGGUGCUGACUCUAGCCUCUGGUAUGUACGGAAUAUUAAACAUUAAACAAGCUCAACGCUCGAAACAAUCGAUUAAUGUAUCGUGAUCGUGUGAAAUUCGGGAAAGAGAAUUACUUUUAUUUCAGAUUAUGAUCCGGUGAGUCACAAAAUCUGGCAAAUUCCGAAAUCCGGUAUAUUCCGGAAUCCGGUUGUUCCGGAUACAUGUAAAUCCGGCGGAACCGGAUUUCACCGGAUAGUGCAAAAUCCGGCGGAACCGGAUUCCGGACCGGGGUCCGGCACACCCCUAAUGCAGAUACUUUGAAAUAUUUAAUUAUUACCUCUAUUUACAUCAAAAUAUUUGAUAACUUGUGUUUUAGAAUAAACCUAAAAGUAAUUUAAACAGAUAUGUUUUAAUUUUAGGUUUAAAAACCCUGUAGAGCCCAUAUUAUAAGUUAUCAUAAUUUUGCAGUAUGCAAAACAUCAUGGGCAGCCUUUCACAAUCCUUUGCAUAAUGGCUGUGCUGUACUAGUAGUACUAUCUCAGAGUUUCAUUCAUAAGAAUUUGCUGUGUGCAAAAACUCUUAAACCAUUGGUCAGGGAACGUUUCAAUUAAUUAGUCAAGUGGCAAAGUUGAAAGUUCAAAAUAAGUAGUCCCUAAACUGUAUUUUAGUAAUAAGGGGAUGCACUGCCUUAAAUAGACUAUAUAGACUAUUAGUACAUUCCGGUGUAAUGGACGUCAUAUAGUAAUAUAUUAUUUUAAAUUUACUGAUAUACAUAGUGCAUAGUUAGAUAAGUUACAAUGUAUUUAUAAUUGCAUAACAUUAUUAAAAUUAUUCUUUAAUACAGCAUUAAUUCUGAAGAUAAAGUUGUAUAAAAUUAUCAUUAAAACAAGACUUAUUUCGCAAGACCCGAUCAGCUGAAUGGGGUCACAAAAUGUGGAGGUUUCGUCCAUGUUAAAAAAGGACAAACAUUACCAUUAUGCGCUUUUUUUUUUUUUUUUUAAAGGCUUUUGGAACCUAAAGUUUUGUGGUUACUGUAGUAACCCAUACCAUUUUAACUAAAUAUUGCUGAUGUGUAGGGGUGUGCCGGAUCCGUUUUUUCCAACCGGAUCCGGAUUUUCUUAUGCGAAAUCCGCCGGAUUCCGGAAUAAUCCGGAUUCCGGUUUCUCCAGGAUUCCGGAUUUUGGUACUAUUGGUAGAUACUUCGGUAAGUCAAGGUGGACUACUACUUUUUGUGUAUGGGAAUUCGCAAUCGGCGCCAAAAAAUCCGAGUUUUUAAUUUUCCGAUGUGUGUGUCUAUUUAUUAUUAAAUUAGUACUUUCGAUAUAUAUUUGAGUUCCGUUCCAUUUGGAUAAGUGUCUUACGAGAGACGCCAUGUUUCUACGCGUUCGCAGCAGGUCAUGCAGCUCGCUCAACCUAAUUUCGCCAUGGGGUUGGCCACGCCCCCCUUUUUAAUGGCGGAAGUUGACGAUACUUAGGAAAUAUUAAUAUAUUAUCACUAUUUACAUCAAAAUAAUUGAUAACUUGUGUUUCAGAAUGCAUUUAAAGACAUUUAAACUGGAAUGUUUUAAUUUGAGCUUUAACAACCCGGUAGAAUCCAUAUUAUAAAUGAUCAGAAUUUACCGUGUGCAACACGUUGUCAUUGGCAACCAUUCACAGCCACUUGCAUAACUGUAUCGUAGUACUACCUCAGAGUUUCAUUCAUAAGAGUUUGCCGUGUGCAAAAACUAUUAAACCAUUGGUCAGGGAAAGCUUUAAUUAAUUAUUCAUGUGCCAAAGUUGAAAGUUUAAACUAAGUCUAAACAGUGAUUUUAGUGAUAAGGCAGGGAAUGCGUUGCCUUAUAUAAACUAUCUAGUCAUUGCGUAUGACGGGAUUGGCGGAAUGAGAUCACAGAAUGUGGAGAUGCAGUCCAUGUUAAAAAAUGACAAACCAAGUCGUACUUUAAAAAUUCAUAACUUUAAAACUACAACAGCUAAAAAUAUGAUUUUGGUGUUAUAAUUCUUUAAAACAUUACAUCUUUUCAACUAUGCCAUUGGUUUAUUUUUACAAAAAGUUUAAAUUUUCUUAUCAAAGUCCCUACACUAUUGGCCACUAUUAGUGGUGCUGACUCUAGCCUCUGGUAUGUUCGGAAUAUUAAACAUUAAACAAGCUCAACGCUCGAAACAAUCGAUUAAUGUAUCGUGAUCGUGUGGAAUUAGGGAAAGAGAAUUACUUUUAUUUCAGAUUAUGAUCCGGUGAGUCACAAAAUCUGGCAAAUUCCGAAAUCCGGUAUAUUCCGGAUUCCGGUUGUUCCGGAUACAUGUAAAUCCGGCGGAACUGGAUUUCACCGGAUAGUGCAAAAUCCGGCGGAACCGGAUUCCGGACCGGAUUCCGGCACACCCCUACUGAUGUGCAUUUUUAGUUUAAGGAACAGAAAAGCUUAUAACACAGAAAAGUAGUAAGAAGAUAUCAAUCAAGAAUUGACAGGGAAAAAACCCAGACAAAAGCCAUAGUUCUGGAAAGCCGCCUAGACACAGGCCUAAAAAGAGGACCCUACUUUACACUAAACCUUCCUAAUUACUAAACUUUUAAUUUUCUUAAUUUCAGUACAAGAGAUGUGUAGAUCCUACAACUUAGAUGCCAUCAGCAUUGUUAAUCACUGGAUGGCAUUUUCCUCUUCUAGAAAGAUAGGCCUAACUUUAGAAAGUCUCCAGAUGUUUGACAGAGAGGUAACUAUUUAAUCAACAUUUCAAAUGUUGGUCAUUAAAUUAAGAGGUAACUAUUAAAUCCACAGUCAACAGUUGUUUGUCAUCACAUUCACAUAUUAAGAUUCAAAUGAAGAGCAAUAGAUCUUUGAUAUUAUUUGCCCCACCCAAUGUUUAGCAUAAACGUUAGACCUACACACAUUGUGUUUCCCAACCUUUUGUGCCCAUGACCUCCUUAAAAGUUUGAAUGUCAUCCCUGCUCCCUAAUAAGUGGUAGAGUUUUAAUUUAAAAAAGACGUGUUGAAGCAAUGCUUCUUUAAGAAAGAUUGAAUUUCAAUUUUGGCUCCCGGUUUAGAAUAAAACUUAGCAGUCUACACUAAGUGAAAUAUUAGACUAUUAUGCUAUCAAUAAAUGACAAUGAUAAUAAAGGAGACUGCAAUAAAAUUCGGUAAAAGAAACUGUAAAAUAAAUGGGCCUAAAUGACAAUAUAUAACAAACAAUACUUGAACUUAAGUUUUGAAAGUCUUUGUCUGCGAUUUUGUAUGACAAUAUUACAACUAUUAUUUUGUAGUGGCUUCCAAAAAAGCUGUUGGGAUCGCAACAAAAAACACCUCAGCCGAAAAGAACCAAACUGUUGAAUAAAGAUACUCUUGGCAGGUAAGUGGAAUUUGGUGGAAACAAGUUACAUGAAGCUUGAAAUAAAGUUCUUUAAAAAAAUUAAAAUACAUCUUAUGUCUUAUUGUAUUUUCAUCAUCAAAAUAGAUUAAACCUCAAUCCCUCUUUCCUUCAGUACUUUCUUUUCCAUUUUAUAGCAUUUUAGAUGAUCAAUUGGAUGUUGUGGGAUCAUAUGCCACCCCAGAAGACAAGGUAGAGUUUAUUUUAAAUUUGUAGUUUAGUAUGCGGUAUAUUUAUUUUAUUAUAUUGAAAGAGUUGUCGAUAUAAUUAAUGUUGUCACUUUUCAGUCAUAAAUUAUAAUUUGAAAAAAAUAUGCAAGAGAUAUUUUCUAAUGUUAAUGAUUUAAUAUUUUAACGAAUCAUACAAUUUUAUUUUUGUUUUGUUUAAGAGACAAAUAGCACAGUCGAAACGACAGCUGACACCAGAAGACAUAAAUAAUUCCAAUAAGAGGUUUGUGGGUUACAACAGAAGUCCAUCUGUCAAGUCUGUAUUUUCACCUACUGUCAAGUCGUCGGCAGGGUUGGUAUUCUUAAAUUUAAACUUGUUAUUUGUAUUUAUAGUACAUGUGCAUAUAUGGUCUGAACAUUUCCAUUCAAGAAAAUCCAUAAGAAAACCAUUUUAGUUAAAAUUCUUGUUUGUUACAUCAUGGGUAAGGCAUUUCAGGGUAAGGCUUUCCAGUGUAAGGCAUGGCAUAAAUGCAUUUUUUCAUAUAUUUGCUAUAUCAUCAGAUAAUUAUGUACACAAUUUAAAAUACAAUUUCUAAGCAUUAUGAAAAUUUAUUUGUUUAAAUUUUUUUAUUUUAAGUUCCACUCCAUCUGGCAAGUUCUCUUCGAGGUCAAAUGCUGGAGAUAUUGUUCAAAAGUUUGGCAACACUAAUGUGUCAUCAUGGAAGGGAGAUAAUCAUGGAGUCAGUGUUGAUUCAUUUGGCUCAGUUCCUAUGGUUACCUCACAGAUAAAAUAUAUGUUUCAAAAGAUGUCAGAGAAAGGAUAUGGUAAGUAUUCUGUUUUUUUUAAAUAAAAUAAAAUCUCAUGUUGUCUAAAUGGUGGUGUUUGUUCAGAGACAGUAGUGAGUUUGAAAUACAACAGGUUUUUUCUUCUAUAUUUUGUUCUUGAUCGAACCUUUUAAAUUUAAUUCUUGUCACUUUAACCCAUUCAAACAAGGCCAUUUAAAAAUGUUACCAAAUAAAUUCCAGUCAACUGAAAUAACUCCACGUAAGUUGUUUCAGAAAAUAAAUUUAAAACAAACUCUUUCAAACUACAUGAGAUGGAGUCAAUUUCAUUAAUAGAUGAUAGCAUUGUGAGUGAUAUUAAAUUAUUUUUCAAAGCUUCGGUUGUUUAAAACAACAAGGUCCUCUUCUACACAUGAACACAGUUGACAUAAAUUAAAUUAUGAAUAAUCCCUGCACAAUCAAUAUAAUGAAGAAAUAUUUGGCAUAGAGCUCCCUUGGUCUUGUAUCCUGUAGAUUUUCAUAUCAAUAGCGUAGAUUCUGCUUUCAGAAUAGUAAAGUGGCUGUUGCCUUUCUGGGGUAUUGGUUAAACAUUGAAUAGGUUAAAUGAGUGUUUUUUUUUUAAAGAAAUGAAUAUAUAUAUAUAUCAGAGGUACCGAACCCCACCUUGUUCAUAUGCGCAUUCACCAAACCCUUCUUAAUAGGAAAAAUAAAAUAUGAUAUUUUUUUUUUUGGACCUGUGCCGAACCCCUGAGACUGACUCACCGAACCCCUGGGGUUGAUCCAACCCAGGUAUAAGAACCACUGAUAUGUAGAGAGAAAAAAAUCAAAAUAUUUUAUUUCUAAAAAAAGCUACCAAGAUUAAUUAUUCUUUUCAUUAAUUUAAUUAAAGUCAAUUUUUGCAUGUCCACAAAUUUAUUGAACCAGAAAAUUUAAAAUAAUUCCAGUUACAUUAUGAACUCUUUUUCUAGUGUUGAAUGAUAUCAUCCAGGACAUGUCAACAAUCUUGCAAAAUGCUCAUGGAAUUGAAGAAUUUACUCAUGUAGCUCUACCAUCCCAGGUCAGUGUUUACACCAAGGAUACCAUAAUUAUUACGCUUAACACCACUGUUUUUCUGUUGUUGUUUUUUGGUCUGUUUGCGUUCUGUCUUUGUUAUUAGCAAUAAAUUUUAUGUUACUGUCUUGUUUUAAUGUGUUUUCAUUGGUUCACUAGUCUCCUUGUGAAGUUAAUAUGGUUUUUUUGGUUCUGUCUUAUGCCUGGAUUAGAAUUUGAUUAAGACAAGUAAUCUCUGGCUUAUUAAUACAAUGACACAGAGAGGUCUCAUCUAUUAAUGAAAUUGACUUCAUCUCAUUUUUUACUUCAUUUGCAAAAAAUGUUUCCCUUCAGUUUGGUUAGUCUUCAUACAAAUGUUUAUAAUUUUCAGGAAUCAGUUACUGUUGCUGGUAGAGUAUGUUGUGACAGUAUUGGUCGGCUGAACAGUCAGUCAGUAUUGCUGGAAGGCUCAAGAGAAACAUCAUCUGGGCAGUGUAUUAGUCUUGACCUCUCUGAAUUGUUACACUACAGUCUCUUCCCUGGACAAGUAGGUAUUCAUAUAAACUUAAGUCAAUAUGACAUCAAUAAUAUUCCCCGUACAAGUUAGUUUAAAUCAGAUUACUUCUACAGAUAUCUAUAAUAUCAAUGUUUUAUCACAAUUUCUUUAUCUUCAUCAGUUUUUUCAUGUAAAUAUAAAAAUUAAACUGCAAUUUGAACAGUUCAUUGACAGUUAUACUGCAAUAGAUUAAAUGUAUAUACCUUAAGUCUGUUUUUUCUUCCACCAUUCAUUUGGAAUUUUAAAUUUUUUUGACCAUGUAUAUUGGGUGAUUGAUCUAACAUAAAUGUUUAAAAAAUAUUAAUUAGUUUUGCUACUAACGCUUUUUCAGGAUUAGAGCACGAAAAAAGUAAUGGCACCUUUCUAAGCCAACAAGUCUAAAUAUGUUUUCAUAUUUGUUGCCUUACAAUAAUCUUGUUGAUUUACUUAAAUUAAUUUCGCAUAUUUACUUUCAGGUUAUAGCAUGUGAAGGUGUGAACAACACUGGCACAAAGUUUGCAGUUAAAAAUAUUUUUUCUGUAAGUUCAAAUUUUUUAAAAAUUAGAUAUUAAAAAUAGAUUUUUAAAAUAGUUUAAAGUUUGGUAUUUGAGCUAGAUAAUAUCAAUUUUUACAUGAAACAAGUUAAAUGGGAUCUUUUGGUUUCUAUAAUAUAAAGAUAUGCUCUAGAUGUAAAUAUUAUUAAAAUUAAAUUUGAAAUUUUUAACUUAUUGUAAAAAAUUCAUUUCUGUCGUAAUGAGAUAAUGAAUAGCCAGUAUUGUUUGCUUUGCAUUCGUUUUGAUUACCUUAAUAUUCUCAUUUAAUCGUUCAUCUCAGAGUGUAGCUUUGCCAUUUCCAGGAAAAAAUAGUAAACUGACAGGAAGUAAGUAAUUUUAUAACAGUUUAUUACAAAAUACCCUAAGGUAGCUUAGUACUUUUUAAAUUUUCUGUAAAUUAUUGAAUGCUCAAAAAGUUUAUAACAUUCACCAAGAUAGAGGAGUUGCAAGAAUUAAUUAGAAAGUAUCUUUAUUUAAUUUCAGCUGGGAAAAUACGAAUGAUCAUAGGUGUUGGACCAUUCACACCUAGUGAUGCACUAGAUUACUCUCCCUUAGCUGAGCUUUUAAAAACUAUCACCCGAGAUCAACCAGACAUCUGUAUACUUGUAAGUUAUGUAAAUUUUAUUUUAUAUUCUUCUGUAACAAAUAAAUUAUUUUAAAUCUGACAAUGUAAUGGUCAAUUUUGCUGGCCGAGGAUUUUAUGACCUGGAUUUACUUUUUCCUAAAUCUCACACGGGUAAACACAAUUACAAUAUACUGUAUUCAUUUUAAAUUUUAUUAAAAAUUAUUAUUUUUCAGAUGGGUCCUUUUGUAGAUAGCAAACAUGUCAUGAUAAAUGUAAGUUUCAUCUGUUUUAUUUUCAGUAUUUGUUAAAUGAAAUAGUUUCAGUGAAUUUUUACAUUUAUAUUAUUUAUACAUUUUCAAAAAGAAAUUAUUCUUUCUUGAAUGCAACUCAGUGACCUCAACCAUCGAUGUUUGCAAGUUUCUUUGUUUAUCAUUUUAAGUUGACAUUUUUUAUUAUAUUUUAAAAGCAUUUUCUGUUUUUUGUGUGUACCCGAUAUAUAGAAUGGUGAACUGUUGGACUCAUUUCAAGACUUGUUCAUAAAACAGAUGGAAGAAAUAGGCAGGGCUACAAAAGAGUAAGUACUUUCUUAACUUAUUAUUAGAUUUUAAAAUAUUUCUGGUUGAUGAACCUGGCUAUAGAUUAAUCACAGAUAUGUAAAAAGAUAUACAACUAAAUGUUUUUAAAAUUUGUCAAACUUUAUUAAAAUCUGCCAUUGCUCCUGAAUAUAUAAACCUAGUGUAACUUUUUUCUAUUCAAAUUUAUGUUCUAAAGCAAACAUAUUGAUUCUCUUAAAAGUUCAGGUUGUCAAGUAGUUAUAGUCUCAUCAUAUCGUGAUGUGCACCACUACCACAGUGUCUAUCCACAACCUCCAUAUCACAUACCUGAAUAUAACCCUGAUGGAUCUAAGGUAACUUCUUAUCAAUCACAUUUUUUUUUACAUUUCUGUAUGUGAAACAAAAAAAAAGUCAAAAGGUACAGUUCAUCUCUAAUUGAAGGAGACCCAGCGUCUUUUACAGACAAUAAGUACUUUUGUUUGAAAAGCACAUUUGUCCAUGCCUUUAGGUUCCUAGGCUUUAUAUUUUUGAGUUUAUCAUGUAGAAAAAGGACUUAAGUAUAUUUAUAAAUGGUGAUAUAAAAGAACAGUGGAAAUAUGUUGAAUAUUCAUUAGGGCAUUCCAAAAUUUUCAGGGGAAAAUCUGAUCUGGCCCUUAUGCCUCAGUCGUGUUACGUCCAAAUCCAGACGUAAACAGCACAUCAAAUUCAACAUUGCCUAGUGAAUGUAACUCUUUGUAUUAAGGAGCUCCAAAGAGUCUUUUUAUAAUCAGGAUUAGUGUUUUAAUCUAUUUUUUAAUGGAGAUUUUGUGACUGUGCGCUUGAUUUUAUGCUCCUUUUGAUUUUUUAAUAAUAGGGGUUUUUUGACAGUAAAUCUACUUUUAAAAAUGGCAUUUGUGUUAAUAGAAUAGUUUCAAGCUGUCAGUGCUUCUGCUAUAAGUGUUUACAGUGAUGAAUUAUAUGCAGAAAUAGAUAAUGGAAAUGAAAGUGAUGUUGAUAUUUAAUUAUUUCAACAUCUUGAUAUCCCUUAUGAGCCAGAAAAUGAUAUAUGUACUAGUCUGACCAAUUAACAUAGAUAUGGAAGAAUUUGUUGCUCAUUGGUCAUAAUGUAGACUUAUUAUUGCAUUGGCUCAUUCAUCCCUGAGACUUAAUAUGAGGAGUUGGCAAUGCAGACUAACGAACUCGACCAGGCCAUCCAAAACAUGGGUUGACGCAACCGCGAAUGCCAUGAAAUAAUUUUUUCUUUUUACAUAAACGGGGUGUUCAUUAGCUACCAUAUAUAAACACUAUUGGUCAAGUAAUGGGCUGGUAGAUGAUCAAGCAUUAACAAUGGUGCAAUUUGAAUAAAUUCUUUAAGUUCCCCAAAUUAUGAAAAAAAAGAGUAAUUUUCCUUUGUUUGAUGCCAAGGUAAUUUCUUAUGAACGUUACUCGCAUGGCACCGAGAGGGUUAAUGCACAAUUAUUUUUUAAAAUUAUAAAUAUAUUUGAACUGACUGGAACUUCGCCUCUUUUGCUUGUCUAUCAUUAAUAUAUAUAGUAUAGUUUGCAUUUAUUUAAAAGUCAAUAAAAGGAAAUUAAUGGAACUAAAUAUAUUUUUUUGUUUGCUCCACAGCGGAGCCAUGUAGAGAUAGAUUUAACCAAACACUUAAAGUUUGUUUCUGACCCAUCCACUUUAUGUGUCAAUGGCGUAGUGAUUGGAUUGACUUCCACUGACAUACUUUUACAUCUCUCCAAAUCAGAAAUUUCUGUGUAGGUUUCCUGGUAUUCCUGGUACUUAGCAAAACUAACUAAUUCUUCUUAUUUAAAACAUGAAGAUCAUAAUGUUUAAUUGAAGCAUUGUUUUGGAACAUGUUUCUGUGAGAAUUAUUUUCAUUUGCAUCUAUGAAUUAGAAAUAAAAGCCCAUGAACUGCAAAAUUAUGAUCAAUAAGAGUGACAGAACUUGGGCUCGUUGAAAGAAUAUAUUCUGCUCUUUCUUGAACCAAGUCAAUGUUCUUAUGUUAAAGGCUCCUUAUAACAUUAAUUUUAUCUUCUCCUAUUUAAAUUCUUACAGAGGUCAACAGGGCAAGUUGGAUCGAUUGGGACGUUUAGCCCAGCAUGUCCUGCACCAACACAGGUCCUUUUUCUUCUAACAUACUGCAUUUUGUGUUGCUUUUUAAAAACUAUUUCUUUACAUUUUGGAUUUUUUAUGACAUCGGCUGUAGCUGAACUGGUUAGAGAAUUACUUUGAUAACAGGAUUCAAAUCUCACAUCAAGUUGGCUGUUGCCAACUGAUUUGUUGGUAUUGAGUUUUAAAAAAUUAUUAAUCAUAGUUUACCCACUUCCCAAAAAAUAGCUAUGCUACCUUUCUUGGGUAAUCAUGAGUUUCACUGUGCCAUGUUUCCUUAACUUAUAGCUGGUCAUUAUCCUAUUAAAAAAUCAAAGCUCCAACCUUAUUGGUCAGGAUUUAGACAAUUUCACCAUUACUUCAUAUGGCUGGAUAAAAUGAAGCUAUAAAAUUUACUAAUGAAGCAAAGGUUUCUGCUAUCUAUUUGUGUUCAACUUCUCUGUCUUGACAAUUUUUCAGCUACUACCCCCUCUAUCCUCCCGCUGAGGAUGUUAAUAUUGACUAUGAACUCUGGGAAGCUCAUGCCAAACUUGUCGUCACACCACAUAUAUUGAUCUUACCAUCAGACCUCAAGGCAUUCAUUAAGGUAACUUGAAAAUUUGUUAUUAAUCUACCAUAACGCAAUUUUUCCUUACAAUCAGAUUAAUGCUGUAAAUGAGAUGACUGCGCGCCUAUUUCUUUUUUUAUCAUCAUUUUAUCUAUGGAUUUUCAUUUACAUAACUUGGUAAAUGGGUGCAUACUGACAUAUGCCUCAUUUUGAUUAUUUACUUGUUGAAAUGCUUAUGAAAAAUAGUAUCUAUCUCAAAAGUUAAUUUCAUUAUUUCAAAUAAAGUUUAAAAAUCUACCCCGUUACACAAAUGCUUAAAAAUUCUGCUUUACAUUUCAUCAUUUCAGUGUUUCUCUCAUUACACAUAAAAGCAUUAACAGUUUUUUAUUUUGUUGUCUAUUUCAAGGACAUUGAUGGAUGCUGCUGUGUGAAUCCAGGCCGGCUGACCACUGGAACUGUUGGCGGAACCUUUGCUCAGAUUGAAAUAGACACUGACUUGAUAACAGAAUUACCCCUACCAUCGUCUGCUUGUGUUGGUCAAAUUGUUCGAGUUUGAGAGGUUGUUAUUCUGUUUUACCAACAAAACGUGAUACAAGUGAAAUUCAUGGAUGC